AUGAAGUGCUCUCGAGCAGGGCUGAAUCUUUGUCCUGUCCCGCCUCGGCAGAAGGAGGCGGCGAAGGCUGGGGUCGUCUCCGUCUGCCGACCGUCCAGGAUUGCGGCCUCAGUUCUGGAGUAUGGGGCGAAAGCCUCCUUCAAUUUUGUCGUCCUUGCACAGCUGCAGGGGGAAGAGGCUGGUGUUUCUUCUUCGAAGCUGCUCGGAGAUCCCGCCUCGGCUAGCUGUACACUAUACAUUCUCUCGAGCUCCGUGUUGGUUCCCACCUGUAACUAUACUACAGUACUGUACAGCAGCCAGUGUCUCCUCAUUGCGGAUAGCACUUCGGUAAUCCGUACCGGAGACGAAAAGCUCUUUCAAAAGUUCCUUACAAUUCUCCACUGA